AUGGAAACGGCUCAGAAGUGGUAAGUGACUUCAAUCAAAGGCAUAUUUCGAGUUACCUUGGCUCCAGAGAUCUGUUCUCAGGAAAUACCUAGGAUAAAGGCAGCCCUGCUUAUGAGUCGUGAAAACUAACAGGAAUGAGAUAGGAAAGAGAUAAAAGCCCUGGUACCCAGGGUAAUUUCUAGUGCUUCUAGGAUCAAAUUUAACCUCAUGUAAGAAAGAAAUUGAACGCCUUACCGAUUACAGCAGGGUUCGUACAGAUCAUUGAAAGCCUGGAAAGUCAUGGAAUUCAAGAAUUUGAUUUUCCAGGUCGGGAAAAUCAUGGAAUUUUAUUGUUGGUCCUUGAAAGUCAUGGAAAUUUUAUUUUUUGUCCCCUACGUCAGUUACUGCCGAUGACAAAGCAAAGUAAGGUUAAUGUAAGAUAAAGUGGAGUAAUUAAACAGCGCGAAAGACACGCAUUUUGGUGGACACCAGAGUUUGUGUCUAUUGAACUAUUUAAGGUCAAAAAAUACCCUAAAACAAGGAAUGUUUUGAACUUUUUUUGAACGUGACAGCUAAACACAAGGUCAUGGAAAACGUGAAAAGGUGGUGGAAAAAGUCAUGGAAAGUCAUGGAAUUUGAAGAGCUCAAAAGAAUACGAACCCUGUUACAUAGUUGUCGGAUAUACUUGUUUGGUGUAAGCCUUUUGAAAGACAAAAUACCAACAUGUUUUCCAAAGCCAGCGACGUGUUUUAUCGCAUGGGAAACAAUCGCUAACAAUGGGAGAAUAAAAUAAACGGAGUUGUUAAUAGUGAUUUCCCACCGUAAACAGAUUUAACAGCUGCUUAGCGUUUCGGGCAUUAGAUCUGAUCCAGGACGUAUUACAAUGGGCAGGCGAUCAGAAGAGUCCGCAAUCCUAAUUUCCAAGUUGCUGUUACGCUUGCCCGGCACUUGUGUAGCCAGCAUUCGUUAGGAUUUCCCCUAUCAAUCAAUCGAAUGCAUAGAGCGCAGUCUGAUCGAUCGUGCGCGUUUUGACCUUCUACCACAUGAACCUUACGCAAAGCAGGACGUCGGGGCAAGAUCGUUUUAACCUUCGAUUGAUCUUGCCCGCCCUCUCUAACCUUUGGUUAUUACUAGCUUAGCUAAGGCCACGCGAUUCAGUACUACUCUAAGUAAUGCACAUGCGACUCUUCUUGCAGGUUUCGAAUGGCACACGCAUGGGACAAGAAAUACACCAUUCCACACAUCUAUUGGGACACAUUACCAAGGGCAAGUGCGAGUCAGGUUCACCCUCAUUUUCACGUCACCCUUGCAAGAGAUCACUAUUACGGUAGGUGGUGGUGUUGUUACCCUUUGGUAGUACAUCCGGUAACCAGUCAUUUCACCCCGGUUACUUAGCCACCUAAUUUCGAAUCAUUCAGCGCGCUUCAAAUGUAACAUUCCUCGUUCUAUAGGCCAUAAAGCAAAACAAGCGCGCUUCAAACUGUAAUAUUGCUCGUUCUAUACGCCAUAAACCAAAACAAGCACGCUUCAAAUAUAAUAUUCCACGUUCUAGACUAGGGGGCUGAGUAACCGGGGCGAAAUAACCUGGGGACGAAAUGACCCGGGGGCGAAAUGACCGGUAACCAUACAUCCGAGUUAAACUACGGUUCUUGCCGUGGUGUUGCUCUUCGCCUCACAGUAGAGACCUGUAGAUUCGAGGACGAGGACGAGGUUAGACUUAAAGUCUUCUCGCUUAUCUUCAAAAAAUAUACUCCCCGAAAAGGUGCAUUGUACCUUUUUGCACCAAAAAAGUUAGCACGGUUAUUUUUAUUGAUGGAGGUUAACCUCCCUCCCGAUCGCAAAAUGAUAAAACUUCUACAUUUGACAACUUGUUUCCGCCACUACGACAUUCUCCUCAAAAGUCGUGAAAAACGCGUAAUAAAUUGACGAGGAAUAUGGCGUUUUUUCCGCCGAAAUGACGCCGGUGCACGCGCGCGCAUUACUUAGUAUUGAGAAAAUUUCGUCCUUCUAGUCGUCUUCGUCUUAAGGUCUCUACUGUCUUGAGCAUGCGUGGCGGCGUUCGAAAGGAAAAAAGUAUUGUCUAUUUCUUUCGCGCUAGAUCGCGAAGUACGCGCGAGUGAUAGAGGAGAGAAGGAAACCAAAUUGUUUAUGAUGUUUUCAUCGCCUUGGGGUCUCACCAGAUUGCUAUUUGAGAACGGCUGAUCUUUGAAAUAGUGCGAUAAUGGUUUCUGUAAAUGUAAACGAAGUAGUAUGUCUCAUUUACAGUAGUUGGUUCUUACUAAACACUAAAUUGCGUCAAGCAGUUGCUUCGUUGCAGGUGUUAACCUACCCUUCUCCUUCGCGUUUUUAUCGCCGUUCUCGCGUGUUCAUCUCCUUUAUCGCUAUUCUCGCGCGCCUUACCAGGGGAAAUACAUUGUCUGGAUACCGGUUAAUUGCUACUUAUGCUCGAUGUAUUACGUAGCUGUUCGGGGCGGCUUCAAAUAGUCGUGAGACCUCAAGUUUGGAUGCGCUGUACAGUAUUCUAUCAUUGCCUCGGGGCAACAUUUCAGGUCUCUUAUGAUUUGCUUGUUGUUGUUUUUGAUAGCCAAGUGGAAUCAUCUUUAUGUUGCUGCUAAGAAAUACGCAGAAGAUCAUAAUGGAGAAAACUACUUUUCAACCCUAACAAAAGUAAGUGAAUUGAAGACAUUACGAGUCUUCUUGCAUAGCAUAAUUUAUAGCAUCGUGUAAGAUCUUCCCUCAAAGUCUGUCUUUGGGUAGUCGCGUUCUUUAGCUCAUUUACUGAAUCAAAGUUGAAAACGUCUUUUGCAACAUAAAGAAGUACCCAAAGAGAGUACUGCUCGGCAGUUUUUAUGUGAAUGGUCACAAUUUAGGUUUUAUCCACACUUUGCAAAGUGAGAACUGCCUUAUACACCAUGACAAACAACACCCCAGAAUAGUACCUCUCAGUACUAUCUUUCUUGUAAAUGGCCACACUAAAGCAUUUCAUUUCAGAUUCAAAGCUAGAACCACCUUGCAGAGGACAGUAAACAGUAAGAGUAACACAUUAACAAUAGCUUCUGUUUUUCAUCCACUUAAGAGUUGACCCACAGAUUCAAAACUUAGAACCGUGUUUUUUCACUUACUAAAUAUUACCCUAGUUUGUUACUACUGUAGCUUUUGUUCACAGGCCCUAAACAAAAGUUUUACCUCGAAAGGAUAAUUUAUCUUUUCAUCUUUGAGUGAUACAGAAUUCUUUUCUUAUUGAAACAAUCUGUAACUUUGGAUUUUCUGUUUUUCUUUGCAUAGAUCUACAGUGCUUUGGGUCUGGCAGUGCGCUAUGGCAACGCCACUGUUUUCGCGUAUUUAGUAAGACAUUUCAUAACAUAACCAAAGCGCGCGCGCUAAUUGGUCAAGUACCCAUUUACUAACGUCAAAAAGAAAAAAGGUUUAAAGGUGAUGUUACACUGGACGAUUCGCAACGUCGGUUUUUAGCGCUACCCUAGUUGCAAUGUUGGAACAAUGUUGUAACCAUUCGAAACCGAAUGUCGCAACAAUGCUGCAACUCUGUGUUGCGCUAAAAAUCGUCGUUGCGAAUAGUCUCGUGUAACAUCACCUUAAUGAGCAAAACAACGAGUCUGCACGUGCAUCACGCUUUUUUGUACAUUUUGUUGCCGUCCCUGCGCAACUACGACGUGAAAUGACCAAAUUUUAAGUUUACCUGAGAAAGGCAACGGCAAGCCGAUAAAUUCUACCAUCUCUGUCUGAACUUGGGCGCGGUCUCCUCUCUUCAUCUCCCACCUAAAUUCCUUUUUUUUAAAGUAACUGGGCGACCUGGGAUAAUCGCGAAAAAAAGUGAAAGGAUGCAAAGUCUAUUUUUUAGGGACGUUCUCAUGGACGUCGCCGUUGUCGGAUCGUAAGGUCCUUAAAUAUGAUGUUACACGGUACGAUUCGCAAAGACGAUUUUUAGCCCAACACAGCGUUGCAGUGUUGGAACAAUGAUGUAACUAUUCAAAACAAUGUGGCAACAAUGUUGCAAUGCUGUGUUGCGCUAAAAAUCUUUGUUUCGAAUCUUCUCGUGUAACAUCACUUUAAAGGUGAUCAAGGUGAUGUUACUCGGGACGAUUCUCAACGACGAUUUUUUGCUCAACACAGCUUAGCAAUGUUGGAACAGUGUUAGAAUGAUGUGUUGCGUUAAAAAUCGUCGUGGCAAAUCGUCCCUUUUAACAUCACCUUAUAGCAGACAGGCGCAUCCCCAGUAACGAUUCUUCAAACAAUUGUGGGACACAUUCAGGCUUCUGUUCCCUUCUCAUGUCUAAAGUGGCGAAUGUGAAGUUUUUCGUCUAGAAAGUGGGAGGAUAAUGCAAGUACUCUGGAAGUAAUAGCAUUUAACCGUUCAUCAUGAUGAUGUUAAGAAAAAUAUUUUUUGAUUCCUUUCUCUUAGACACCCACGGCAUCGCACGAGAUUAUGCUGAUCAGUAAAAGGCCAUGUAAAGAUCUUUUUCACCUCCUUUACGACUGUUUAACAGGUAAGUGAAGCCGAGAAUAAGCGGGAAAAAGUAAGCAGCUCGAAAACGGGUAAAGAUCUUUUUCACCUCCUUUACGACUGUUUAACAGGUAAGUGAAGCCGAGAAUAAGCAGAAAAAAGUAAGCCGCUCGAGAACGGGUUGGCGCGAAGUGUCACACGUGUCAUUCCCCUACUGUCGUUGUUCCAGUAGCCCAAUAAGUCGUUGCAACAUUCCGCACCACAAUGCCAUCAAUUCACCAUUUGCGUAUCUCCCAUUGCCCCUAAAAUGGUUCGUAACCUUUUUUUAUUAUUAUUAUUUCUCGUAAGUAUUCACUAUUACAGAAAUUCAAUGUGUUUGUUAUGUCUCCAGCAUUUAGAGACGACAUGGAGUUGUACGCUCUCAGUGCAGGAAUGGUGUUUCCAAAGUUUGUAAGUAAUGAGUAAAUCUUCUGCUUGCUUUGUACUCUUUAUUUUUUGAAAACCCAGAAUGGUGUAAUUUAAAAUGUCACACUUCAGCUGAAUGCUGGAGGUAGACUCCUACCUUGCCCUUGAGCGUAGGCCAUAAACUAGAAAUACGUAUAUCGCAGAAUCUUGUGAAGCUCGGGAGACGGCGGCCCCCAAAACGUUAACGAUUGGUGGGAGGAAAGGAAAUAGAAAGGAAAGAGAGUACAUUAUGUUACCGGCGGGGGCGGGAGGGGGAGGGAGAGGGGGACAGGUUUUAUCAUGGCCUCUAUAGACAUUUUCAGCUUGCUAUUUUCCCAAUUGAGACCAUGUGAUGUUUGUAAGGAGAUUUGAUUUAUGCUGGAGACGCCUCCCUUGCCCUCAAGCGCAGGCCAUAAAAGCCCACGUUCGAUAUAUAUGAAAAUUCUAACAUGAAUCCGAGGCUUUAUGGUCAAAAUUGCAAAUUGUUCACCACUCGAUUGUCUCGCAAUUCCCAGAAGAGAAUUGAGCACAAAGAAAACCAAACCAAAUAUAGAAAAAUGACCAGAAAGUCUCGGAGUCAUGCUAGAAUUUCAAUAUCGAACAUGGGCUAUUGACGUAGAAUUUUUUGCUUUACCUCGGUGAUGAACGUCUCUGUUUUGUCUUCUGCUCUGUUCCUUGGCCCCCGCCUGUUUUGCUGACUUUGUUUUGCGUGUGUUCAGGAGGUUUUCGCUGAGGAUGCGAUCAGCAAUGCCUGUCUUCGCUUCAGUUAUUCUUUAAGGAGUGUUUUGGACGAAAACCAUUUUGCUGGGGCCUGCGUUUCCAUGCUUGCUUAUUGAUGGUGUUUGAUAAUUUUACCUGAAAAUGGCAAACCUUAUAUACUUUUUCACGGUUUCGUAUGUAUGUUUUUUCAGAACCCGUCACCUGAUGGAAGUGAUUUACCCACAAUAAUAAGACUAGUUUAUCGCGGAGCAGCCGAGGGGUAAGAACUGCUUGCCUGUUUUUGAAGACGCUUUGUUCCGUUUUGUAUCGGGAUUUCGUGAUUUUACUUGACAUAGUGAUAGUAGAGAGCUUUAGAUUCGCAGACGAGGACCACAACGAGAACGAGAUUUUCUCGAUACUAAGUAUCAUUUACUAAGCGUCAUUUUGGCGCGAAAAUAUAAUAGCAGUCGUGGGGGGUCUUCUACGAGUUUUAGCGAGAUGUCGUAGUGGCGAAACAAGUUGUCAAAUGUUAGGAAUUUUUGUCAUUUAGCGAUCGGGAGAGGGCUUCACCUCCUUCAACGGAAAAAAGCGUACUAAGUUUUGUGGUUAAAAAAAAGUACAAUAAAGAUUUCCAGGGUGUCUAUUUUUAGAGAAUAGGUAAGAAAGCUUAAAAUUAAAUGUCCUACUCGUCCUCGAAUCUAAAGCUCUCCAGUUUUUAACUGUUUGGACCAAUCGUUUCUUUUGUAAACGAGUUUAAAAAACACCCUCUUGAAGACUGUCCACUUGCAAGGUAAAGUGAAGCAAGCUUCCCCUCCCCCAGCCCCUCUAAACAAUGAUGUACCCCCCUGUCCAGACAAAAUACCCAACUUUAUAUAGGGGAGUAGUGGGAAGGGUGCAGUGUGUCUCAACAAAUCUGUCGCCGAUUACAGUACUUUCGAAUUAUAAAUUAACCGUGCUGACAACACUGUCGCGCUGUCUUCCCAGUAGCAAAAUAUCUAUUUUUCACUUAUUAACCGAUGUCAACCCGUUAUUUUGAAGGACGAGAGCCGAUAUUGAUUCUCUUCAGCUGUUCGGGGUGAGUUGAUGCAUUUUAUCAUCCUGCUUUCACUUUACUCAGGCAAACUUCUUAAAUGACCACUAAUUUGCGUUGAUUUAUUUAAUUUUCAGACUACCAAUGUUAAUGUUGAUCCAUACGUUAUCAUUAGUCACAUCAAGAAGUCUGUUGAAAGACGGAGAGCACGUCCUUUAAGGCAAAGCAGUGACGCCUAAGACCCUAUAAUCACUGCCACCUUUACGUCGUAGAACGUACAGAAGGUCAAGGCAAGACCAAGAUAAAGAGGAUCACGUGAACGACGCAAUGAAUCUUGGUCAUAUCCAGAAUACACCACGGUCUUCGCAAAGUU